AUGGCGAACGCGAGCGGCAGUAACGUCGCGUAGCAGCGGUGAGGUGGUGGGAGGCGAGAGUCGUCCCUGGAGGAGGGAUCGUCUAGCGCUCAUAUCCCGAAGGUGAAGCUUCUUGACACCGUGGUGGACACUUUCCUUCAGAAGCUGGUGUCGGCCGGAGGGUAAAGCGAAGCUUAUGAGCGAUUUGCUAAGUGUUACAAACGCUUCUACAAACUCCAGCCUGAAAUGACACGACGAAUUUAUGACCAGUUUAUAACUCAGUUGCAGACAUCCAUCCGGGAAGAAAUUUCCACAAUUAAGGAAGAGGGGAACUUAGAAGCUGUUUUGAAUUCCCUUGAUAAGAUUGUGGAGGAGGCUGAGGACCGAAAGGAGCCAGCAUGGUGAGAAGCGCCCAGUGGCAUUCCUGAAGAUGAUGUGCGCAGUGCGCUGACACCCUACUUCUUACAGCAACAGUCUUCCCUGAAGCGACUGGUCCAGGAGCAGGAGAAGGAGAAUGUCAGACUGGCUGAAAUGGUCUUGGAGGGGCGGAAGCAGGUGCUGGAGCUACAGCAGCAGAUCCAGGCCCGGAAGCAAGCUUGGCAGGCUCUUAGCAAAAAACAGAAAGAGUUGGCAACAGUGCUGGAAGACCCAGAGUGAGGAGGCCAGCCAGUGUCAUCUGGACAAACUAAAUGUAGUGAGGACCCAUGGAGGGGAAGCCAGCUAAGGAGAGGGCUAUAAAAUGCCCACUGGCCCAAGAGCAGUAAAGGGGUCAGCCAGAAGCCAAGGAUGCUGGUGAAGGCCUCUUCUUCAUGUGCUUUGGGCUUCCUGCUCCCCAACUGCACCUGUAACUUCCUUCUGUUUCCACACUACCUCCUACUACUACUAUUUAGAUGGGUAACAAGUUUUUGCUUAUCUUGCUUAUUCUCAUUUUGGGUUGGAUUUUACUAUCUCUGUCUUUGCUGAGCCCAGCACAGUUCCUCCCCCUCCUCACAUCCCUCUCAGUCCAGACUGCCCCAGCCACAGAGUUCCCGAAUCCUCUAAUCAUGGAAUCUGUUUCCAAUCUCCACUGAUUGCUGCCUUGCUGGCCAGGCCGAUGGCCUGUCAUGUUCUCCCCACAUCUGUAAAUAAACUUGCUACACUGUGCUGUCAUCUCUCCACUCCCAAGAUGUUUGCCCCUGUUGGCCUCAGCUGUCCUCGAUUUGCUCUUCUUAUGCUGGUCCCCAGGCUAACAUGGAGCAUUUGGAUCCAGGACCUUGAGUUCUUUUUGCAAGGAGGACAGCCUGGCUCCAAUCAGUUUUCUCAGUCUGUUUUCUCAGAAUCUAGAGCCUCCACGUCUGCCAGAUAAGAUGGACCUUAACUCUAAGCCCUGAUACUAGAACCUCUGGGAUUUCCCCAAGCCCCAGCUAUAUCUCAGUGACUGUAGGCAUAUAAUUUUGUUGUUUUGUCUACCCUUGACUCUCACUCCACCUUUCUUGUUUCGUGUCUGGGCUGAUUCAAAAUAAAUCUAUAUACCUUA